CAUAGACAAGGGGUAGCCUCUGCCAAGACAUUUAGGGCUGGUUCCGUGAUUGCGCGACUUCCGUGGACGCGACGUGACACCAGCGAUUCGAUCGUCAAUUCCAAGCGUCUAACCUCGCUCACUACUGUCUGAAAUUCUCGCCACGUCCUCUUUUCAGCCUUUCCUCUUCCUUUUAUCUUGCUCUAUACCGCAACCAGAGUGAGAACAACAAGUCGUCGCCGCCAUGGGAAUUAAGCACCUUUACCAGCUAAUCAGCGAACACGCCCCAGAUGCGAUCAAGACGGGCGAAAUCAAGAAUCAAUUCGGUCGCAAGGUCGCUAUAGAUGCAUCUAUGAGCAUUUACAGCUUCCUCAUCGCAGUCCGCUCCGAUGGUCAACAGCUCAUGAGCGACACCGGCGAAACCACAUCUCACUUAAUGGGCAUGUUCUACCGUACACUACGCAUGGUCGACAACGGUAUUAAGCCGCUCUUUGUUUUCGACGGCGCCCCUCCCAAACUCAAGUCCGGCGAACUCGCAAAGCGAUUCCAGCGAAAGUCUGAAGCACAGGCGGCUCAUGAGGAGGCGAAAGAGACAGGUACCGCCGAGGAGGUUGAGAAGUUCUCUCGAAGGACAGUGAGAGUGACAAGAGAGCAUAAUGCUGAGUGUCAGAACCUGCUGAAGUUGAUGGGGAUACCGUAUAUUGUUGCGCCUACUGAGGCAGAGGCGCAGUGUGCGGCGCUGGCCAAGGCUGGGAAGGUGUAUGCGGCAGCGUCGGAGGAUAUGGACACCCUGACAUUCGAUGCCCCGGUUCUGCUCAGGCAUCUUACCUUCAGUGAACAACGCAAGGAACCGAUUCAGGAGAUUCACCUAAAUAGAGUACUCGAAGGACUAGCAAUGGAGCGGGAACAGUUCAUCGAUCUUUGUAUCCUCCUAGGAUGCGAUUACCUCGACCCCAUCAAGGGCAUUGGCCCAAGCACUGCCCUCAAACUCAUCCGCGAGCAUAAGGACCUCGAAGGAGUAGUUGAACACAUGAAAAGCUCUACCAAGUACACUAUCCCAGAUGAUUGGCCAUUUACCGAGGCUCGUCUUCUGUUCCUUGAGCCAGACGUCCGAUCUGCGGACGAUCCAGAAUGCGACUUUAAGUGGGAAGCACCAGACGUAGAGGGUUUAGUUAAAUAUUUGGUCGAGGAGAAGCACUUCAACGAAGACCGCGUACGUAACGGCGCUGCGAAGCUUUCAAAGAAUCUCAAGAGUGCCCAGCAGAGCCGGUUAGAAGGCUUCUUCAAGCCCAUCGCCAAGACCGCAGAGGAGAAGGCUAGCCUGAAGCGCAAGGCCGAAGCCAAGCUAGAGGAGAAGAAAAAGAAGCAGAAACAGACUGCAAAGGAGAAGAAGGACUCCAAGUCAAAACCAAGGGGUGGUGCGUAACAAGUUCUCUACGGGACUUUGUUAGUGCGUUAGCGUAUUUACGGACAAACGGUAGCACAGGGGAAGGGAUCGUUAUGGCGUCAAGGUCGGCUUUUACAUUUAUGUACGUACAGGGAAGGCAAUGGCGUUUGCAUUGACAUUCGAUCGGGGAGGAGCGGCGAGCAUCUCUCAUCCGUCUGUUGGACGUCGUCUAUC